AGCUAAUAAAUACUUACGUAGAUAACGAAAUACAUAGUGAUUCGGUUGGCAGUUGAACUUCACAAUUUAAUAUUUACUUAAUUUAUUAACAUAGGAUACACAACAAUAAUUAAAAUGAAGAUCCUUUUACCCCUCGGAAUUUUAGUGGUACAGAUACUCACGUUUUUUCAAGUUUCUUUCGUACUUGGAAACAUCGACGCAAAUCGUCCAAAGGAUUUAACAAUCCGCAAUGUUGCCCUACUUUGGAAAUUGUCAACCACCUCUGUGCCAUACCUGGAUUUGUACGUUGGCCUCAACGAGAUUAACGUAACGCUUCACGUCGUCAUGUUCGAGACCUCGAAACGCCCAGUGCUAGAGGGGAAUGAGAUUGACACGAGCACGAGUUGCCUCUCUUACGGGCCAGUGUUCCACACGGACCUGACCCCCACCAAUCUGCUGCACUUGGCAAAACUGUGCUACGUUAGGACGCUCACACCCGUAGGAAAUUAUGGUGACGAAGGUUUAAGUGACGACCUCUAUGGGGAAAUAGAUCUAGCGGAUCCGGACGAGUUAGUGGCCAAGGCAGUAGAUGAACUUCCCCGAAAAGUUGGAGGGGUUUUGGGAAUCAGAGACAUUAUCAAUAUUGGGAUCGGAACCCAUGACGAGAGAUAUCUUCCCUUUUUCACGCUAAUGGUUGAUUACGAAGAUUACACAGGAACUACUCAAACCUCCAAAGUCUGCCUUCUUCUCUCAACCACGUUAGAUUUUUUGUUCGAAAACGAACUCGAAUCUGAAAUCUGGGAUUGUCGCCCCCUGUGUGUGUACAGUGAUGUGGCGGGAUUUUCAAAUUUCCGCUUCGAUGAUGCCAAUGACUCCGACCUCAUUGAAGAUGUGUGGAACUGUCUUCGUGGGAAAAUGUUGGAUGAUCCUGUCGGAUGGCUGGAGGAUGUCAAGACUCUUGAGAGCCUUAAGCGUCCAGAUGUGCUCCAGGAAAACUAUGGUGACGAAACAGUACCUCCAUCGUCCGAGUUGACCAUAAAUGAGGUACAACUCGAGUGGCGAUCGUGUGAAAAAGGGGCCAACUAUCUUAACAUGGUCGUCCAAGUAGAAGUAUUUGGAGGCCAAGGGGACGAUGUGAAGAGGAAGAUGAGCAUUCAUGCAGCAAUAAUAGAGUUAGGAGUGCCAUUAAAGAGCUCAGAUUUAGAGUAUCCCACCUGCUUGCUCAUGUUUGGCGAGGGCGCCCACUCCAAACUGACCCCGCCCAUUUUGAAAAACGUGACCAAGGUGUGCUAUACAAUGACGCGUAACAACGAACUGCGGGGAAAGGCGACUAGUGGACGCAGCGCAGUUAUGGCUAUUUUAACGGAUGGAGGUUACAAAAUUAGUGACAAUAUAGAAACCUCGAUAAGUCUGAAUGAUCCGGGAAAUCGGAUGAAUGAGGUGCUAAAAGCGUUGCGGACAAAACCCGGUAAGGUUACGCGAGUCAAGGACUUAUUCACGCUGUACGUCCCAAACAAAGUGAUCGGGGAGGAGGAACCUAUUCUGAAGUACACUGUUGACUAUGAGGAUUACGAAGGAAAUCAAUACAUUUCUAAAACCGUUUGCCUCCUCAUGAGCGACACGAUGGACGCAUUAUUAGAAAUGGGAGUUGAUGCAAUCCCGUUCAUUUGGGAAUGUGAGCCCUUAGCUGAUUACUAAAGUAGGAUCGUCCUGCAACUCAUCGACCGUGAUUUGGACGAUGCACUCGUGAUAUCCGUGAUAUGGAAGUGCAUCAAAGUUGUCAUUCUGGAUGAUCGCGAAGAAUGGACGAAACGUUGGGAGGCUAUCCAAGCGUUUAGGAUAACAAGAGGUCUCGGUGAGAAGGAGGAACUUUAAAUUUUUGUGUUCGUUUUACGAUUAGUUUCGUGUAAAAAAUCAGCACAUUACAAUGAAUACAGUAAAGUAGCAAGAAACGUAACACCGGUUAUACGAGUAGUAUGAAUUGGACAAAUAAAUAAUUUUUACAAUUUUUGAAUUGCACUUAUGACUUUUUAAAUACUGGUUUUUACUGUACAGUACAGGUGA